AUGGCCUCUACUGCUACCACCGUCCCCACUCAGGACCAUGUCCUCGUCCCCGAGACUCUCCUGAAGAAGCGCAAGAGCCAGGAGCAGGCUCGCGCUGUCGCCCGUGAGGAGGCCGAGAAGAAGAAGGCCGCCAACAAGGAGAAGCGUGCCACUAUCUUCAAGCGCGCCGAGUCCUACGUCAAGGAGUACCGCGAUGCUGAGCGUGAGAAGAUCCGCCUUGGCCGCGUUGCUCGCAAGGAUGGUAGCUUCUACGUUGCCGAGGAGCCUAAGCUUGUCUUCGUUAUCCGUAUCAAGGGUAUCAACAAGAUCUCUCCCCAGCCCCGCAAGAUCCUGCAGCUCCUCCGUUUGCUCCAGAUCAACAACGGCACCUUCGUUCGCCUUACCAAGGCUACCCAGGAGAUGCUGACCAUCAUCAACCCCUACAUUGCCUACGGUUACCCCAACCUCAAGAGCAUCCGUGAGCUCAUCUACAAGCGUGGUUACGGAAAGGUCAACAAGCAGCGUGUUGCCAUCUCCGACAACCAGAUCAUCGAGGAGAACCUCGGCAAGUACGGCAUUGUCUGCGUUGAGGAUCUGAUCCACGAGAUCUACACUGUUGGCCCCAACUUCAAGCAGGCCAACAACUUCCUCUGGCCCUUCAAGCUCUCCAACCCUACUGGUGGCUUCCACAAGCGCAAGUUCAAGCACUUCAUCGAGGGUGGUGACUACGGUAACCGUGAGGAGAACAUCAACGCCCUCAUCCGCCAGAUGAACUAG